CAUUCAUUCAGUGGAAGUUACUCGAGUAAGGCGGACGUCGCGGAUACCCGCGAGUCGCGUGUCUCUAGCACACACACUAUUCGUGUUCAUGUAGGAAGGUCAAGAGGUGGCGACCUACUUCAGGAUAUUUGUUACAAAAAUAAAAUAAAAAUUCCAUGUGAUUGUGCUCCUUUUUUUUACAACAAAGAACGCCUUUUCAAGGAUAUUUAGCCUCUAAGGACAGCCUUAUAUUAGAAAGUUUUAUAUAAUACUAUAAGAAAAAAAUGUUUAAAGUGUUGGUGAAGUUCUAUCAUGGAUUAAUUGCAUUUACUGCUCUCAAUUCUCUCGGGGUUUUUGGGCAUAAAUUGAGUGAUUUUUCCAGUGUACCUACAACGGUGAAAACCGUGGAAAAUGACACAGUUCUCCUACCAUGUUCCCACAAUGGCCCCUACACAAACAUUCGGUGGCUGCGAGAUGAGCUGCUGCUGGCUGAUUCGGGGAAUGCUGCCUUCACGCCACCCGAGAGGGUGCAGCUCUUCAGGAAUGGAAGCUUGCAAGUGACGAAUGUGAAGCUAGAGGACACGGGGGAGUAUCUGUGCCAAAUUGCGGGGGAUUUUGGCUUGGCAAUCCAACGCCAUGCCAUUGAGGUUCAGUAUCCCCCAUCAGUGAUCUCAUACCCCAGCGGUGAGGUGGCAAUGAAAGUGGGUGCUCUGUUUGAGAUUGUCUGCGACGCACGAGGGGUUCCCUUUCCCAUCAUCACGUGGCGACGUCCAGGAGACAAUGCCACGGAUACGGAUCACGUGGAGAGUCGCCGGAGGUUGCUGGUGGACGUGAAGAGUCGCAAUGAUGCCGGUCGCAUUGAAUGUGUGGCUGACAAUGGAUUCGGCACACCAGCAGUGUCAGGAAUACUCCUCGUUGUUCAGUUUGUACCGGAAGUGAAAGCCGAAGCGAGUAUCGUUCACACCAAGAUUGGGUUUCGUGCUACUCUUGAGUGCUCCGUCACGGCUGAGCCAAGUGCCGUGGUCCACUGGUUCCAUCACACAGCCCCCAUUGUGUUUGGCAACAGAAAAAUCACCCGUCAAGACACUGUCGUGUCUUCACGGUCCCAGGAGCAACUUCACACACGCUCCCGCCAUCUGCUCAUUGUGGACAAUGUUCAGGAUAUCGAUUUGGGCAUGUACGAGUGCAAAGCGGAAAAUAAGGUGGGCGUCAAGAGUGCCAUAAUCGAGCUCACGGGACGCCCAAUGCCAUCAAUCUUCAAACCAUCAACUAUUGCCUCAUCCCCAAUGACGCAUAAUCUAAUCUGGCAAACGGAGUCCUUGUCGCCAAUUGCGGAGUACAAAUUGCGCUUCCGGCAGGUGCCAACUGGGAAUCUCACCCCCAAUUCACGCCUUCCACCGCCUGAUUGGACGGAGCUCACAAUCCCCGGGGAAUUUUCCGAUGGACCCAUUCAUACGGCUGGAUAUGUUCUCCAUGGACUUGCAACGGGCAGCGUUUACGAGGUGGUUGUCUCGGCUCGCAAUCGAUACGGCUGGAGUGAUAUCAGCAAAAUUGUGAGAUUUGCCACAGCUGGAGAAAUUGAGGAAGCAACAAUUGUGUCCACAGAGACGAUUGAUUACGACCAAAUAGACGACAAUAUAAUUCCAGAUUUAAAUUCAUCGGGGAAUUAUGAUUACUCAACAUCCCGGAGUGCAGGAAGAUGUGGAGAAAUCACCUUGAGUAUGAUGUGUUUCGUAGUUUAUUGGAUAAGUUUGUACCAAGAGUGGUGAGAGAAGAUUAAAUUGGCAGUUAAGAUACGAUAAA